GGGACGGCUGGACUCCAUUAAGCCGAAGCCCGCAGUAAAACUGUUUGGGAUACUUCACUUCUUCAGCGAGUUCUCGUGGGAUUUCUCUCUGUUUUUAUCGCCCUGAAAAGACUUCAUACAUGAUUUAAAGAAGGGGGACUUGCUCUGUACCGUGUACUCGACUCUUCUGGUGUCUUUUUUUUCGUCUUUGUGAAGGAUGGCGCUGGACGGGAUCCGGAUGCCCGAUGGCUGCUACGCCGACGGGACGUGGGAGCUGAAGAUGCAUGUCACCGACCUCCACAGGGACGUGUCACUGAGAGUCACUGGGGAAAUCCACAUCGGCGGAGUCAUGCUCAAACUUGUGGAGAAGCUAGAUGUGAAGAAGGACUGGUCAGACCAUGCUUUGUGGUGGGAGAAGAAGAAGACAUGGCUGCUGAAAACCCACUGGACGUUGGACAAGUACGGCAUCCAAGCAGACGCCAGGCUGCUUUUCACGCCGCAGCACAAGCUGCUACGCCUCCAGCUGCCCAACAUGAAGCACAUGAAGGUCAAGGUCAACUUCUCGGACCGUGUCUUCAAGGCUGUGUCCGACAUCUGCAAAACUUUCAAUAUCCGCCACCCAGAGGAGUUAUCUCUACUGCGUAAGCCCCGUGAUCCCAAGAAGAAGAAGAAAAAGUUGGAGGAGGCGGAGGAGGACGAUCUGGAGUUGGAGGGUCCCCUGUUAACCCCUGGAUCAGGGAGCAUCUACUCCAGUCCAGGCUUGUACAGCAAGACUAUGACCCCCACCUAUGACUCCAGAGACGGCAGCCCGCUGUCACCCACCUCUGCUUGGUUUGGGGACAGCCCCCUCUCUGAGGGCAAUCCCAGCAUCCUCGCUGUCAGCCAGCCAAUCUCCUCGCCAGACAUUCUGGUCAAACUCUACAAGCCCCAGUCCCUUCUGGAUAAAGCCAAAAUCAACCAGGGGUGGUUGGACUCAUCCAGGUCUCUGAUGGAGCAGGAUGUAAAGGAGAAUGAGGUGCUGCUCCUGAGGUUUAAAUACCACAGUUUCUUCGACCUCAACCCUAAGUAUGAUGCCAUCCGAGUCAACCAGCUCUAUGAACAGGCCAAGUGGGCCAUCCUGCUGGAGGAAAUUGAGUGUACGGAGGAGGAAAUGAUGAUGUUUGCUGCCCUGCAGUACCACAUCAACAAGCUGUCAAUCAUGUCUUCAGACAACCACAUGAAUAACAGUGAGAAGGAGGUGGAUGAGGUGGAUGCAGCCCUGUCAGACCUGGAGAUUACCUUGGAGGGAGGGAAGACGUCCAACACACUGGGUGACAUCACAUCUAUUCCUGAGCUAGCGGACUAUGUCAAAGUCUUCAAACCCAAGAAACUGACACUGAAGGGCUAUAAGCAGUACUGGUGCACAUUCAAGGAUAUCACAAUUUCCUGUUACAAGAGUAAAGAGGAGGCACAUGGGACACCUGCUCACCAAAUGAAUCUUAGAGGUUGUGAGGUAACUCCAGAUGUUAACAUCUCGGGUCAGAAAUUCAACAUCAAGUUGCUAAUCCCUGUGGCUGAUGGCAUGAAUGAGAUCUGGCUUCGGUGUGACACGGAGAAACAGUACGCCCACUGGAUGGCUGCAUGUCGCUUGGCCUCCAAAGGCAAGACUAUGGCGGACAGCUCUUACAACCUGGAGGUCCAGAACAUUCUGUCUUUCCUCAAGAUGCAACACAUGAACCCUGACCCUCAGUUCAUUGAGCCAAUCACCACCGAUAUCAACCCGGAGUGCCUGGUGUCCCCGCGCUAUCUGAAGAAGUAUAAGAACAAGCAGAUUUCAGCCCGGAUCCUUGAAGCCCACCAGAAUGUGGCCCAGAUGAGUCUCAUUGAAGCCAAGAUGCGCUUCAUCCAGGCGUGGCAGUCCCUGCCUGAGUUUGGAAUCACUCAUUUCCUUGCCAAGUUCCAGGGUGGAAAGCGGGAGGAGCUAAUCGGCAUCACUUACAACCGUUUGAUCCGGAUGGAUGCCGGCACUGGAGAUGCUAUCAAGACCUGGCGCUUCAGCAACAUGAAACAGUGGAACGUCAACUGGGAGAUCAAGAUGGUGACGGUGGAGUUCGCAGACGAGCCCAGUCUGUCGUUCGUCUGUGCCGAGGUGGACUGCAAGGUGGUCCACGAGUUCAUCGGUGGCUACAUCUUCCUGUCCACACGUGCCAAGGACCAGAAUGAGUCUCUAGAUGAGGAGAUGUUCUAUAAGCUGACCAGCGGCUGGGUCUGAGCUGCCCCAAACCACUGGGGGUCAACGAUUGUAGGUCAGGGGCCAGGAGGGGAGUGGCUGGGCUGGGCUGGGCUGGGCUGGGCGGAGGAGCCACAGUGUAUGGGGUUCAUUUUAUUCUAUUUCUCAAGUCUUUUUAAUUGUUUGGAGCUGUGCUGAAGAGUCCAGAACAGCACUUCUAUUGCCAUGGCUGACACUGUUUUUAUUGUUCUAGUUGUUUUUUUUCUGUUUGUUUUUGCAUUUGACAAGGUCAUUUGUUACAACACUAGUAUCGUGGUGAAUGCAGUCCAGAUGAACUUUUGAACCUCUGUGGUUGAGCCUCACACAAACCUGAACCGGGAAGCUUCUCUGUUUUCCUACGACGGCCACCUGCCUCCUCUCCUCCUGGACUGAUGGCCAUCAACUUACGUCCAUGACAACCCUUUAAAACCAAUCAAGCAGCAGAUUUAAUCCCAAAGAGUCUACUUUUUCCCCCCUCUUCCUGUCUUUUUUUCUCUCUUCUAGAACUGGACUAAUGGAGCUGCCAUCAAACUGUCAUUAAAACAUAUUGUAAUUGUGGUGCCACAGAUGCCUCGAGUUAUAUCAAAUUAUUUAUCCUAAAAAUGGAUUUUAUCAUAGAGUCCAAUCAAAAGGGGUAUCACAGCAGUGGUCACUGGUCACAGCACUACAUGUCCAUCCUAUCCACUCUAUGAAGGGUCUAAUCUCUGAAGUCACAUGUAAGCACUUCUGCAUUAUACAGUCCUCUUUAUGAAUAAGCUGUCGUUGAAUUUCCUUUUGCUUUUGACGUAUGUCGUCUUUGUUUCAGAGCUUGUCCAGAGUGUUGCUCUCCUCUGAGUCUCCUCAUUGUAUUAGCUGACAGGUGUGAUUGAAGAGCCUGAGUUUUGUUUUGUAUGUAAUAGACUGCUAAUAGUGAGUCUGAAAACACACUACAGUUCAGUGUGCUGGGAUGAGCGUCCUGCGGGUUUGAAAAUCUUUUCUAACUGAUGUGAAUGUCCUCAUUGCAAAAAUGUCCAUCUUAAAUUGUCAGAAAUCCUAGUUCAUCUAUAUAAAGUCUGAUUUCCCGGCUUUAGGUAGUUCCUUUUGAAGGAAAGCUGUUUUCAUCUUCUGACCCGGGAGAGUGCAGUGAAAACUUACGUGGUGCAUCCAUAUUUUGCCUAACAUGCCUGUUUAUGGCUGCUGUUGCGACCACACUUGCUAAAUCUCAGCGGCAUGUUUGAAGCCACAUCCAGAGAUUUGAAACCCCCGACUUCUCAUCGCUAAGUGCAUGUACACUACAUAACAGGAGGGCACAUUACUCCAUUGUUCCACCAUUUACUUUAUUGCCAUUCUGUUUCUCACACCAUAUAGUAUUAUUAUUCUAAGUUUUAUCAUUACACACCAGCAAGAGGUCACCGAGUUGGAAGAAUGAAUAUGCAACGUUUUUUUUUCUUCUGUCCUCAGUAUGAAGGAUCAGUAAAUGAAGUAUUAUUUUUUUUGUAACUAAUGUAAAAACACAAACGUUUUAUAGAAUUGUACAGUUUUGUUUUCUGCUUUUUGGGAAAGAGGGGGGAAGCCAUCUGUCAACAUGUGUAGUAUUCAGAAUUGUGCCUGCUUAUGUUGUGGUCUUACUGAGUUUUCAGAUGAAGAUAUAUAUGAAUAUAUAUGAAGAUAACACUAGUCUCAAACUCCAGGUUUGAUUAAGAUAUUUGUCGAGUACAUAUUAUAAUUUUUUUUAAAAUACAGAUAUGUAUGAAUUCUCAAUGUGCUCUCUUUUUUUCUUGCAUUAUAUUGAUUUUCUUCUUUCUCUCUGAUCACUUGUGGAUCACCGUGUCCAUUCGUGGCCCUGAGUUUUGUGUUUUUAGCUCAGUCUUUAGCCUUUUUAAAAUACUUCACUUAUUUGUCUGGUUUUGUCACAGCUGAAGUGUGCCAUUUAAUAAUGUCUGUAUGAAGGAGACCCACAUUGUUUAGACCCUGGAGUUUGAGACAAAUCAGCAAAAGUGAACAGAGGCAAGAGAAAACCAAGCCUAGUCUGUGUUUAUUUUCUCUGAUGUUUUUGUUUGCCUCCAGUGUCGGGAGCAGCGGUGCAUGUCCUGCUGUUCUGUUUUCUGACUGUAAAAAAUGCAUUUAUUUUAAAAAAAUAAAGUAAUUUUUAUUUAAAAACAGCA